UAACCAGGCUGGCUUUGAAGUUUGUUUGAGAUUUCCUUUCAAAGACAGCAGCCCCUGGGCCCUCCAGCCAUUCCCUCUCAGGCCUCUGGAACAAUGCAUCAUAAAAACACUGAAGUCCCCUGGAAGAGACCCCAGAAAACCCUGAGGCCCAAGCAGGGGAGCUACUUGCACCUGGCGGCAGAGCUGGGGAAGACCCUGCUGGAGAGGAACAAGGAGCUGGAGGAGUCUCUGCAGCAGAUGUACUCCACCAACGAGGAGCAAGUGCAGGAGAUUGAGUACCUGACCAAGCAGAUAGACACACUACGGCACGUGAACGAGCAGCACGCCAAAGUGUACGAGCAGCUGGACCUCACCGCCCGAGACCUGGAGCUGACCAACCAGAGGCUGGUGCUGGAGAGUAAGGCUGCCCAGCAGAAGAUCCAUGGGCUGACAGAGACCAUCGAGCGUCUUCAGACCCAGGUAGAGGAGCUGCAAGCCCAGGUGGAGCAGCUGCGGGGCCUGGAGCAGCUGCAGGUGCGCCGGGAGAAGCGGGAGCGCAGGAAGACCAUCCACACCUUCCCCUGCCUCAAGGAGCUGUGCACCAGCCCCCGGUGCGAGGAUGCCUUCCGCCUGCACAGCUCCUCGCUGGAGCUGGGCCCUCGGCCCCUGGAGCAGGAGAACGAGCGGCUGCAGACCCUGGUGGGGGUGCUGCGCUCCCAGGUAAGCCAGGAGCGACAGCGCAAGGACCAGGCGGAGCGGGAGUACGCGGCGGUGCUCCAGGAGUACACAGAGCUGGAGGGCCAGCUGUGCGAGAUGGAGGGCUGCCGCCUGCGGGUGCAGGAGCUGGAGGCCGAGCUGCUGGAGCUGCAGCAGAUGAAGCAGGCCAAGACCUACCUGCUAGGCCGGGACGACCACUUGGCAGAGGCCCUGCUGGCCCCUCUCGCCCAAGCCCCCGAGGCCGAUGACCCCCAGCCGGGAAGCGGGGCCCACUGCGGGGGCCAGGACGGGAUCUCCUCCCCCACCGCCUCCCCCGGGCACGCGGUGCGGAAGAGCUGCAGCGACACGGCGCUCAACGCCAUUGUGGCCAAAGACCCGGCCGGCAGGCACGCGGGCAACCUCACCCUGCACGCCAACAGCGUGCGCCGGCGGGGCAUGUCCAUCCUGCGCGAGGUGGACGAGCAGUACCACGCGCUGCUGGACAAGUACGAGGAGCUGCUGAGCAAGUGCCGGCAGCACGGGGCGGCGGUGCGGCACGCGGGCGUGCAGACCUCCCGGCCCAUCUCCCGCGACAGCUCGUGGAGGGACCUGGGGGGCGGCGAGGACGGCCAGGGGGAGGCCAAGACGGGCGAGAAGAGCCUGAGCCAGCACGUGGAGGCUGUGGACAAGAGGCUGGAGCAGAGCCAGCCCGAGUACAAGGCACUCUUCAAGGAGAUUUUUGCCAGGAUCCAGAAGACCAAGGCUGACAUCAACGCCACCAAAGUCAAGACACACUGCAGCAAGUGACCCCUUUCCCAGCCCGCAGCCUCUCCUGCGCUCCCGGCUGCGGGGCGGGGCGGGGGGGGGGAGGUGUCCCCCUCACGCCUGGGCCACCCUCUUUGUUGAGGAAAGUCCCUAAUUUAGCCACACUGAAUCAUGGCCGGCGUGGGAGGUGAGGCCGUCCCGUGUGGGGACCUAGCACCCUCUGGCCGAUGGGAUGGCCCACCUGCCCUGUCUCCUAAGAGUCCUCGGCCACCCCGCUUCAGCCUGAAGGCACAGCUCAGUUUCAAAGCCAAACGCUCCCAUCCCCUGCACCUCCCCCCCCCCCCCCCCCCCCCGCCCCAAGCUUCCAGACUCUGAGCCCACUCUCAGAGGGUGGCCAAAUGUCAGGAAGAGGCUUUGGCUCAGCUGACUUUGCCCUCCUCCCCCCCCCACCCCCGCCCAAGUUGUUUCUCUUAAGAGAUUUAUAAUGCAAGUCUCCUUGACCCCGUGCCACAACUGGAAACACUUGAAAGGGGAGAAUCUCAGAGCCGGCCACCGCUGGCUUCCGGAGUCCCCCCAACCACCCACUGCUUCUCUCCAGCCAUGAC